UGUUUUUGACAUCGGCAAACGCAGUCGUGAACUUCGGAGCGAAUAAAGAUACUUUUAUUUAUAGUUUUUAAUCGAAUAUAGUCGUGUGACGUUUGUGAACACCUGUGUCGAACCGGGAUUUUAUAAAUAUGAGUAUUGCUGACCUGAUCCAAGCUGCUGAAUACAUCGAAAGGCGAGAUAGAGAGUCGGAGCACGGAUACGCGUCGAGCCUACCGGCGUACGAGGAGACUCGUGCUGGCGGAAGGCGGCCCAAGACGAAAAAAUCGCAGGGCAGCAGGACCACUCAUAACGAGUUGGAAAAGAACAGAAGAGCUCACCUCAGAAGUUGCUUGGAGAAGCUGAAGGAUAUGGUACCCUUAGGCCCCGAAGCGUCAAGACACACAACAUUAGGAUUAUUAACAAAAGCGAAAAGGUUUAUAAAGAGCCUGGAAGAGCGGGAAAAGAGGCAUUCGAGUCAUAAAGAACAGUUAGCAAGAGAACAGCGCUACUUGAGACGGCGGCUGGCUCAGCUCAGGGCAAGUCGGGACGUUACGCGUUCCCUGUCUGAGAGUGCGAUGGUGCACGCCCACGCCACCAGGGCGGAUUCCCUUUCGUCGCUCGAGUCCUCAUCUGGCGUGUCUACGGCCGAACGGUCGCCCUCAUCCGUCUCUGAGAGUGACGAAGUGGACGUGAUCGGCUACACGUCGAACCAGAGCGACAGCGAGUCGCUAGGGUCUGGUCACAGCGGUGACAGUGGGGUGGGCGUGGCGCGGGGCCGGCGCUCGCGGCGAAGCAAGCCGGCACGCGCGAGAUACACCAGGGUGUAGGUGAACGCAACGCGGCGCGAGCUCCGUGCGGUGCGCUCUCCGCCACCGACCGUCUUCGUGUAACAAACAAAACAAUCGUAGGACAUUUUGUUGGUACUGUACUAAGGCGAAUGUUGUUCGUUGUCCGUCGUCCGUGACUGAGUGGCCAGUGACCGGAGACGUCUGUGCCCGCGCCGCACACACUACUCGACACACCCACACACACACACACACACACACAUACACAUACAUACACACACAUCUGCGAACCAUUACCGAGUACAAAAUUGCCAAAAAAAAAUGUAAAAACAAUUCUAUUUUUUUCUCUCUCUUCACUCUUUGGUGUUAAUCUUGGACUGUGUUAUCAGCUUCACAUCACAACGGGGCUCAGAUGUUUUCGAAAUGUUAUGUGCUCCCAAUAUAAUAAAAAAAAAAACAUCAAAAUUAUUUAUCGCAUUAUUUUUUCGUUACUUCUUAAUAUAUUUAUAAAUUAUAUUUUUAUCAUCUGGAACAUGCCUUUUAAUUCCUUAGGUACUUAUUGUUAUUGAUUUCCAUAAACUAGAGAUGUCGCGAGAGCGAAUGUUGUAUAGAUAACAAUUUUAUAUUUUGUAUAUUAUUUUAUUUUAUUUUUUCUUGUAUAAAUUAAUCAAAUAGAUUUUAGAUCUGUGCGCAUUGGUCGAUCUAACCACUGCGAAAUUAUUUUGGGUUCUUCAUCUUACAUGACAGCCCACCAAAAAUAUUUAAGUUCUAACAAAAAAUAUAUAUAUUUAUUAACGAAAAGGUACUAAAAUGCGAUUGUGAGGGUUGAAUGUAGUCCCAUUUAUCGCUAUUUCUGUAUCUAUCGCAAAUCGUGGCACGGUCUCUGGACGCUAGUUGUCAAGAUGACUUUUAACCACGGUCUUAUAUACAGGUCAUGCAACUAAGCCCGUUUUUAAUGAUGAGAGAUUAAACGAUACGAUAGUGUCAUAACUUUUCGUUCGCGUCAACGCCGCUGUACGUCACUGCUAUCGAUGUGUGCGGAUACGUGGUGCGGUGCGCAUGGAGCACGCCGAGUGAUGGUUCAUUGUAAUUGGUUAUUUUUUAAAACAUCAUAUUGUUAUGCCUCUGGCGGCUAUAAAUUGAAAAGAAAAGCGCAACCAUUAAGCCGCCUUGCCCCCACCACUGUUGUUGCACGACUUGUUUAUAAAUAAGACUGUGCAUUUAACUCGAAAUAACAAGAUGGCGUCUUAUGUACGCAGAGAAAGCUUCACGUUUUGCAAAAUCGCUAACAUUGUUAAGUAUUAAUAUUGAAUGUAUAUGAUCUCACUUCAUUGUCACAGACCUGUGCGAGUAAUAUGUCACUUUAACAUUAGUAAUUAAUAAGUAAAUUCGUUCAGCGGCCAGUCGAUAUUUAUUUACGUAAUACUGAUCCAAUUGAUGAUUGAAGUCGAAGUUUGACACGAUUACUCGCAUGGUUUAUUUUUCAUGUGGACACACACAUACCAAAAAUAAUAUAAAUAUGGAAUGAAAAGCUGGACAAUACACUGUGUUGAUAAAAAUGAAACCUUUACUAGGAGACAUUUAUUGUAAACAAUAUAUUUUUGUUAUGACUAUUGUAUCUUAUAAUAUUUAAUUGUUAAUUCAUUUUACUAUGUAUGGCUGGUUUGAUUGUAUCGUUUAAAUGUAUUUUUUCGACGACAAUACGUUACGGACCUUCGCUCGAUCCAAAUCUCAAUCGCUUCUGGUCCUGCAGAAUGUUAUUAUUUUUUUUUAAAACAUAAAUUUAUUGUAAGUUGUUUUAGGUAUGGAUGUUAUAAUAAGUAUAGUUAUAAACGUAUAAUUAUUGAAAUGACAGUCUGAUCUCUUAAGAUAAUGCGUUAUCUAUCGGUUAGCGGCUGAGCCGCGUGUGUCCGUCGGGCGCCUCUCACACGAAUGAAAAACCUUAAUUAUCACGAUUUAAAUUCUCGCCAAAAUUAUAUUCAAGUUAUUUUAUUUUGUCAAUAAAAGGAAAUAUUUUUGCAAAACUCAAUUGUUAUUUUAAAACGGUUUAUCGUUUCAACGAGUAUGUCUAGUCGAUUACAAAAUAAAUUAUUAAAAAUUCACAUACGCUAAUUACUCGGUUAGGUAGAAAAAUAUAGACAUAUAUUUUGGCGCGCAUUUACAACGUGAUAUUAUCUGUGCCCGAUGCUUGCAUCAGCUUUACGAGUUGUGGUUUUCGAGGAUCGAAUCCUUUAUGUAGUCGCUAUUUCUUAAUAAGAAUGUUAUAUUGCAAUGUUACAAAGAAUAUUUUAAGUAUAGGGCCAGUAACUAUAAAGGUCAAGCGACGUCGAGAGGAUUCGACCUCGGAAGCCUUAGCUGCGUCUGUCAUAUCCUGCCUCAAAUAUGUCGAAAGAAAAAAAAGAAAUAUUUAUCUUUUGGAAAUUAAUAUAUCACAAAUUUUUAUUUAUUUAUAGGACAGCGCUCUGUCGAUUUAUGUUAAACCGUACCAGUGUUUGGCUUCCACUCGCACGCCUGUAUGAUCCGAAACACCUCGACAUUUCACCGAAGACCUUUGCGAUAUCUCAUUCAUGUUUCAUUUGCGACCGAGUAUAGAUGGGUAGAAGCGGCGACGGGACGCUCUAAGAGUACAAAUUCUGUAUAAGCCCCUACUUGAGUGUUAAUUCUAAACGUUAAUUUUAAUCACGAAACAGGGAGAUGGUAUCGUCAGAGUACGAAAAUAGUGUAUAAGCGCGCGGGCGACAGUCGUAGCCUACGGUGCAGCUCUGCCUUUGGUGUUGUCUCUUCCUUAACUAAAUAUCGGUAUCCUAUUGCUACAGUGACUUUGAUUUGCGAUAUCUUCCGACUGUACUCUUCUUCGUAGACGUAUCGGCGCGUAGGGCGCCUCAUGUAAUACAGGUGUAUCACUGUAACGAUAGGGUAUUAGAGGCGGUGCGCGCCCCCGUGCGCGUCGCGUUAGAUAAGAAAACUGUUAUUAGAAACAAAUUGCAACACGCCGCCCUGGCCGCCGCUCCCCGCCGACCCGACUUAGUCGCUGUAAAUUAAAAUUAGUCCGGCGUUGUAAAAAUAUCACCGAUUUGUAAAUAUUUGGAGCCAAAAUUUUUAUACAAAUUAUUAAAUAGAUAGAUAUAUUCUCGGACCAAGUGGGCGGGAGCGGCGGUGCCUUUAACGGACCGUCAUCGAAACGUCAUUGGAACGUCAUUAUUUGGUUUGACAUUUCUCUCACGAAUGUCAAAUUAAUAAUCUGUCAGUUCUAGGGUUCCGACUUCCGAGAGAGAGGCGCUAUGUAGAAUUAUGUCGCGACUGGGGUUUUUGUUUCUACGAGUCGAAAUGUUUGGAAAUAUAAAGAAAUAAACACGUGACUGAAUUUUCAUGUUAUUUCAAUCCAUUUCGAAAAGUAUUGAAGGUAAUUCGCGAAUCGCAAUAUAAUUGUCUAUGCGCUUAACUCUCGAGUUCGUUGUCAAGGCGGCACGCAGUCGUUGUCAAAUCGUAGAGGCAAAACAUUAGGUACUAUUGUGACUACUGCUGAUGUGACUUGGCAGCAUUAUUCUAUGUAAUUGACGAAAAGCACAUAUAAUUUACUAUAUGUAAAAAGUUAUAGAAUUAAUUUAAUAAAAUUAUAAAUAAAUCUU